AGUCUCUGCGCGCUGUCUUCCAACCCAGCCGAGGGAUUUAGUCGCUAGUGGGUGAGCCGGAGCCCCUCCAAGCUGGGAUGAUGGAAAACAACAAUGACGAUGAAGCAAAGCUCGAAGAAGAAAUAGAAGCUGAAUUGGAUAAAAUCAGCAUUUCUUCAUUGGAAAAAGAUGAUGAUAGUGAUUCAAAAUCAGAAACCCAGAGUGUUGAUAGUGAUACAGAUGUGGAUGAGUUACCUGAGUCAGUUCUUCACUGUAUUGACAUCAUAAAGAAUAAGAGUAAAACUGUUGAAGAGCUCAUUCUUCAGGACUUGGAAGAUACAGAGGUUUUAAACUAUAGUUAUGGAGUGGUUUCUAAUAAUCAUAUGCAUUUAAAGAUAGAAUUAUCAACUGAACAUAAAGAAAAUCCGGAACAAUUAAUAAAGAUGUUAUCUGAAAUAGAAAAAGAAGAAUUUCUGAGGAGUAAAACCCAUUGUAGCAGUCCUGAUUCUAUUCCAGAGCCUGGUCCUCAUGAUUUGCCUGUAGAUGAACAUGUUUUGUCAGAUGAUACUGAUAUAAAUUUUGGAUACUGUGAAGUGGAAGAAAGAUGUAGGCAGUCUUUUGAAGCUUGGCAAGACAAACAGAAAGAACUGGAAGACCAAGAGAAAGAAACUCUCAAAGCUCAAAGGGAUAGAGAACAAAAGCAAUUUGAAGAAGAAGAGGAAAAGAGACAUUGCUGGAUGAAACAGUUUGAAGUUGAAAAGAAGAAAUUAGAGAAUAUUCACAAGCAAGAACAGGACAAGAUGAAUGAUGAACUCCAUAAAGAAGAGAAAAUAUGGAAAGAGAAAUUUAAACAGCAUGAGGAGUUUAUUAAAAAGUUGCAUCUACAAAUAGAAGAAGAAAGAACAAGAUUUAAAGAUCUGCAAGAAAAAGAAAAAAUGCGUUUGUUAAAACUGCAUCAUAAUGCAGCUGUAAAAAUUCAAGCUAAAUAUAAAGCAUUUGUGGUCUACCAAAAAUAUGGUCCAAUCAUAAAAGAACAAAUAGAAAGUAAGAGAAGGGAAGCGCAAGAGUGGAAAGAAAAAGAAGCAAAAAUACGACAGAUGGAAGAAGAAAAACGAAAGAGAUUGGAGGAAGAACAAAAGAUUGAAGAAGAGAUAAAAAAGCAGAAGCAAGAGGAAAGGGAGAGGAGAGAAAUAGAAUAUGAAGAAAAAAAGAACAUCGUGAGAAGAGAAAAAGAGCAACUAUUAAACAAAGAAAAAUUAAGAUUAAGAGGAGAUGCAAGCAGACAAUUAAUGAUAAGUAGAGCAUUAAAGAAAGGUGAAUAUAAUGCAAAACAUUUAACUGUUGAAGAUACAUCAAAGAAUAAGGAUGAUAUAGCCAAAAAGGUAGGGGAGGAAAAGUCAAAGGAGUGGGAAGAUGUUCCCCUCUGGCUAGUUGAACAAUCAACUAAGAGAAAAAAUCUAGGUAGACAGCUUGUAUUAAAAGAGCCAAUACAAGUGCAAUGGAAAGAUUCUAUACCAAACCAGGUGAUUUUGGCAGAAAUUGAAAUGGAAGUAAAAAAUGAAAACCUAGCAAAACAACAAUAUCCCACAAAAAUCAUCAAGCAAGAAAGAAAAUGUGAAGAUGUAGACAAAAAAACCGAAUUGGAAUACCCAGGUCUGAAAGAAAACGUGAAUGAACAGUUUCAUCUGCAAGAAUUAAAGUCUCAAAUGCCAAAAGGGGAACAUGUGAAACCUGCCAUAAAUGAGAAUGUGAGACAAGACACCCAAACAAUAAUAUUAGGACAUAGUCAAGGAAUUAACAAGGUGAAAAACAAUGAAGCACAGAAAAUAAUCAAAGAUAAUCAACAGAAUAAGGUACAAAAAGUAGAAAAAGAAGAGAUAUCAGAACAGAAUGGACCACUAUAUGAAGAGAAUAAUAUUUUAGUAAUUUCAGUGAAGCAACAACCACUAAAACUAGAAAAUCCUAAAGAUAUAGGGGAAAAUGUAAUACUACAAGAACAAGAAGUUGAUUUCAUUUCCAAAGAAACUGAGGAGAACCGAGAAGGCAAUACUCUGAAUAGUGAUGUGAUUUUUAACAGCAGUGAUUCCAUGAUAAAUAUAGAAAACAAAAUAAAUGAGCAAGAUUAUAGUUUAGGAAGAAAUGCUCUUUGUGAAGAUUUGGGAGGUUUUGAUGCAAAAAAUUCCUUAGUUUUUAAAGAAGUAAACUCUCUUAAGUCUCAAAUUAAAGAAACCGCAGAAGAAUGUCAUAAUAGAGCUGAAUGUGAAAAUAUUGUGACCUGUACUUUGCCAAAGUCAACACUUCUAUCUUCUAUUGAAGAAAAGAGGCUAGCUUGGAUAAAAUCAUUUAAACCUUGGUUUGAAAUUUUCAAGCAAAAUCAACAAAAGGAAAUUGUUAGGACAAAGAGACCUGUAAAAUGCCCAGCCAACACGAUGCCUCCUUUGAAUACACUAGAAAUUCUUCAGUGUGGCCCUUGGAAUACUUUACAGCAGGUUACAACAGUUACAUUUCAAGAUUUGCCAGGUUGUAGUCUUUCCACACUGGCAGAGUGUCCAAAUCUUCAAUUUCUGUCUCUUCGACGCUGUGGAUUAACUUCUUUGCACAGCCUGAGUAACUGCAAAAAACUGAAGCACAUUGAUGCACAGGAAAACCAUAUUGAGUCUAUCAAUUGUGAAAAUUUGGAAAAUCUCUGUGUUGUUCUUCUUAAUAAAAAUCAACUGACUUCUUUUCAUGGUUUGGAUGGCUGCACUAAUAUCCAAAAUCUUGAACUUUCACAUAAUAAAAUCACUCGAAUUGGUGGUUUAGAAUCUUUGAAAAAUCUUCAGCAACUAAUUGUGGACCACAAUCAGUUAAUUAACACAAAAGGCCUUUGUGAUACUCCUACCAUUAUAUACCUGGAUUGCUCACAUAAUCAUCUUACUAAAGUUGAAGGUAUUGAAAAGUGUGGAUUACUCCAAAUACUGAAGUUACAGGGAAAUUAUCUAAGUGAGCUUCCAUCCUUGGAGAAUCAUGUUCUACUAAGAGAAUUGCACUUGGAUGAUAAUAGCAUUUCAACUGUGGAAGCACUUUCUUCAUAUUGGUUGCCUUUACUACAAAACCUGACUAUCUCUCAAAACAGCUUGACAAAAAUCAUACCGCUUUUUCAUUUUGUUUCUUUGGAAAAACUAGAUGUCAGCAACAAUUGUCUUUCUGAUCUUACAAGUGCCAUUAAGUGGUUUAAUGCAUGUUAUUCUCUCCACGAAUUGUCUCUCACUGGAAACCCACUUCUUCAAGAAGUAAACUGGAGGCAUUCUCUACUUAAAGUGUUACCGGCUCUAAGAAUCCUCAAUGGUGAAAUGAUAAACUCUUGUUCAGAAAGGCAGACUGAAGAAUACUAUCAACCAGAAUUAGGACGUUUCUUGGUACUUUGUCAGUCCCAGAUUCAAGAAUUCAACUUACUAAUUGAAAAGUAUAUUACUGUGAAAGGAAAUUUGGUCACCUUGGAUGCUGCAGAAAAUCUCUGCCAUUAUUUUAAGAAAUUAAUGACACUUAGUAAUGAAUGCCGAUAUUCACAUGAACGCGGGGAUGCACGUAUCACCCAGAGAGAAGAAUCAGAAGUCCAGCAAAAUCAUUUAGCUACAGAUAGUGAUAGCAUCCUGCAAAAUAGAGUUCUCCAGUCUUGUGCAGACAGGUAUAAACUGGAAUCACCAGAUAUUUCUGAGAAAUGGAUGAAUUCUGACUCUAGUCAUUCUGCAUCAACCAAAUCCUCUCUAUGUGAAGAUACAGAAGGAAGAAAUCAGGGAGAAAUAGCAGACCAGAAGAGAGAAGACAGCAAAUUAAACAGUAUCCCCACUAAAAGAAUCCCAUUUGUGGAAACAGUAAUGACAAGUUCUCUGCUGAGGAAUUGCCAAAAUAUUGGACACCGUAAUAAAAUUAUGGCAGCUUUGGUAAUCCAGGCACACUGGCGUGGCUACAUGGUACGCAGACAGAUUCAUUUCUCUACAAGGCUACCUACUGCUGCAGUAGGACCCCUGACAUUCCAACCCAAUGACUGCAUCAAGAAUAAAACUAUUUUAAAGGAAGAAAAAAGGGAAAACACCGUGAAUAUCCAAGAACAGAGGGAAAAGGCUGCUAUUCUUAUACAGGCAGUUUGGAAGGGCUUCCUUUUGCGAAAGAAACUGACAACAGCUUUAGAGGCUAUUAAGAAUGAAGAAUCUGAAGAAGAAUAUGAAGAAAUAAAUUUGGAGGAUUUUACAUUUGAUGAAGCUGCCUUAGAGAAAGAAUGGCUAGCUUUAGAUUCCGCCCGCUUCCCUUCACAAACACUGCUUCUCCCGAACCAGCUGCACUGGCCAAAGUUCUGUGGAACCUUAAAAUAUGAUGAUACUUCACUGAAUUUACCAAGCCAUCCAGCUCAAGCGUGGCUAUGUAAUGAGAAGGAAAAUUUGUUUUCAUCAGAACACUCACAGUUUAAUAGCAGACCAGAACACAGAACUUUGUCCUGGACACCUGAAUCAAAGAUCAGCAGAAAGAGUUCGCUAAAAUCUGAAAAAGAAGAAAAAAUUUCGAAAGAAUGGGGCUUUAAGGACAUUGCUACUGCUCAGCAAAUGUUGAAGAGAGCACAGAAGAUGAAAUCAAAGAAAUUAAGGAAAAAAUUAGCAGAUACUCAGAAUAGAAAUACUCAAGAUCCCACUGUUUGCCUAGAAUUAUUCAAAAACAAUGAAAAUAAAGUUUCUGUUACAAAAUCACCAAAGAAGGCACAGCCCAGAAGAGAUGAUCACUUUGAAGGUAAGGAAGAAGAAUUUAUCUACAAGGAUGCCACUGCAAAUGAAAAAUUAGAAAGGAGUAAAGAAUACACAUACCAAUGGCUUCACACACAGGUUGGGAUUCAUGAAACAACUUGUUCCAGAAAUAUGAAAUGCAAACACUUCUUGCCUGAGUUAGAUCCAGAUAUACUUAACGGUGGAAGAGUUCAGCUUGUGGCAAGACUUGUAAGCAGAGAAGACACGGAUUUAGACCUUUUUUCCAUGACCAGUGGAAGUGCUUUGUCUGUAAAGAGAGAAAAAAAAAAUCAGGCACACAGACACUCAGCGGGAUCUUCAAGUUUUUCAGUUAAGGGAAUACUUGCACCAAUGAUAACAAAUUCGAGACCUUCUAAGAAAGAACGUAUGUCAUUUCGUGACUAUCCCGUACAACUCAGUGGUGGAUGGGGAAGUGGCAAAAAGAAGGAGAAAACUUCAAACUAAUUCUUCAAGCUUCAGCAUUCAAAACAUAUGGCGCACGGUUUUCUCAAGAGAUCUACGGAUAUCUGGUCAUGUUACCAAUUGAAUACAAGGUUUUAGAGCACUGUCUUUAAUUUGUGUUACUAUACAUAUUCCACAGUUUUGUUUUCUGAUGGAGUUAUCUGAUUUCCCAUCUAUAAAAAACAGGUUAGCUAUUGUUCCUAUGUUUAUGAGGAAUGGCCUCCAGAAUUAAUUCUUAAAAUAUUGUAAUGGAAUUUGCAUAUCCAAUUUCUUCUUUUGUUUAAAGAUUUUAUGACGUAUGUAUUA